AUGUUGACCAACCGUCGCUCGACCAUGAUGGUACCUCCAAACCGCAUGCCCAGCUGGCAUCCCCACUCGAAAGGCACCAUGCCUCAGCAGCCCUCAUCAACGCCUCUUGCAAUCGAUACUGAAGCACCUCAAAGUCGCACACCCGCCGUCUUGACAUCAACGACGUCCGACCUGCCCGGCCAUCGCGUCAUUCGCGUCCUCGGUGCCGUCCACGGAACUACAAGCGCGACGCGCAAAGACCCGAAAUCCUUCAUUAAGAACAUCGCAAGCAGUUUCAACAGCAGUUGGGGAGAGGCCAAGAGCGUGACGAGUAUCGUAUACCAGGCGCGCGAUCAAGCCAUCGACAGACUUGUGAAAGAGGCCAUAAGCAAGGGUGCGAAUGCCAUUGUUGGAUUAGACAUUCGGGAAAGCGAAAUCAUGGGCUGUGUGGUGGUGAGCGUCAGUGGCACGGCGGCUUGGGUUGAGAAGGAGAACCAGGGCAAUGUCAAGAGGGAUAGCGCGCAAGAGGCUGAUCCCUUUCGAUGA